UUACGUUGCUAAACUUUGCCACCUUCUGUACCUCUCACAAGUCAUCGGUGGCCAAGGCUUGAAGCCUGGCGGUGCAACCAGCUACACAAUCAGCACUACCCUCAUUCUAUAGUUUUCUUUUGCGAAAAGCGCCAAUGGUUGACGGAAGCUUCAUCGUUCCCCUGUCUCCUCCUACAUCGCCACGCAAUUCUGCGUACGGCACAAUCACUGCCGAAACCGAGUGGCAGUCUUCCAACAUAAGGGCAGAAGAGCACACCCCGCCACAUUCGGACUGCGACAUGACGGCCCUCCAGGUCGAGGAAGCCAGCAACGCAUUUGAUCUCAAGCGCCCAUCAAUUCGAUCGCACAAGAGCUUUCCCUUCCUCCUCGACAGCAAAUCACAUCUCAGCAAUGGCGCUAACUUACUUUCAACGGUAGACGAGAUCGAGCCGCACGACUUGCAUGCUGUGACUUUUGGCGGCUCGGCUCCUACCAGUCCGAUCUCCAGGUUGACUCCACCUUCGACACACGAUGGAACUACCGAGGAGAAGGCCGAGGACGAGGGCGACGACAUCAUUCUUGAUGAGAAAGAUGAGGCUGUUGACAGUGAUGUCAACGAGGAGGACAAGCCUAUGACAGCCGCUGAGAUUCGAGCAGCCAAGCGCAAGAUGAAGAGAUUCAGACUUACGCACAACCAAACCCGAUUCCUCAUGAGCGAGUUCGCUCGUCAAGCCCACCCAGAUGCCGCUCACCGAGAGCGUCUCUCGAGAGAGAUCCCCGGUCUUAGCCCCCGACAGGUGCAAGUGUGGUUCCAGAACCGGCGAGCGAAGCUCAAGCGUCUUACUAGCGACGAUCGCGAACGCAUGAUGAGGUCUCGGGCUCUUCCAGAUGACUUCGACAUGGCACAAGCACUCCAUGCUCCAUUUGGCAACUCACACGGGCUUGGAACACCACUCGCUUCCCCAGCUGCGUUUGGUCAAGGUUUUCCGGAAGGUGCUAUGAUGCGACCCCUGAGCAUCGACACACUACGACGAGCAACACUUGACUCUCACAUGUCACCUACAGGCAUCAGCCCUGCCUUUGGUGGAUUCACAUUCACACCACCACAGUCAGCAACCGACACACUCUCGCCCGUAUCAGCACAUGAGUCGCCCUUCGGCUUCCCUUCUGCACCGCUCGAUACUAGUCCUAGGACAUCGAACCCGUUCUCUGUUCCAGUCAGCACACCAACGUCGUACUCUUCUCAGCACAGCAUUCCACGUCUUGCGUUGCACGCCGAUCGCAUUGGCAGAUCUCGCGCUGAAUCGCUAAACUCACCACUUCGAACAAGCAUGAGCUACUCCCAUAGCAACGACGGGAUUCAAGCAUCGAUGGACUCCAACAGCCACUCUGAUACUUCACGACCAUUCUCGAGCUCAAUAAUGCCUUACGGCAUUGGUUAUUCAUACACCCCUGUACCAGGCUUCCAAGCUUCUAGCUCGAACAGAAUGCGUUCUCUCUCAAACGGUGUGCCCAGGCGUAUCGAGUUGAGCACCCACUACACUCCAAGCCGCAGCGCAUUGACUCCACAAACCGCUCAAUUCCCAUCGUACUCCAGCGCACCGCUCGCCACACCGGUCUCGUACGGCAUGCCUCAAUUGAGUGCACCGCACCAUCUAUCUAUCUUCCCCAAUUCGUAUCUACGAAACGACUCUGCACACAACGACCACUACUCUUGCGUCAGCUCUUCCCUCAGAGAUAUGCUCGAGCACUCCGACCACGGAAAUGAUGACCACAACUAUUGAUCAUCAACUUGUCUCACCAAUCUGUUCGUAUCCCGCGUUAAGCGUAUUCUUGGGCGCAUGAGCGGCAAAACUAUCCACUGAAGCGACCAAAGGCAUAGCGUUGCCCAUGGUAUCAUGACUUUACGGCUAUUCAGGCAGUCCACUUUGAAUCACUACAAACACUUUUGUGGCCAUUGUUUGG